CUCUCUGGGCAGCGGGCCCAGCAGCAGCAGCAGCAACGCCUGCUCCAGCCGCCCCUCUUUUAUAAAUCCUCGCCUGCGCUUCCUCUUUUGACAAAUCGGUCGAGAGAGGAGGAAGACGAUAAAGUCAAUCGUGCCUGCGAGGAGUGAGCCAGCCUUCUUCUUCUUCUUCUUCUUCUUCUUCUUCUUCUUCGAGGGGAGGGGUUAGGCUAGCAAGGGGGGGACAGGAAGCGAGGAUGAGCGGAGCAGGCAUGGACGGGGCCCCCGCCGCCGAGUUCCAGCCGACGGUGACGCACGGCGGCCGGUUCCUCCAGUACAACAUCUUCGGCAACCUGUUCGAGAUCACCAGCAAGUACCAGCCGCCCAUCAUGCCCAUCGGCCGCGGCGCCUACGGGAUCGUCUGCUCGGUGAUGAACUUUGAGACGAGGGAGAUGGUGGCCAUCAAGAAGAUCGCCAACGCCUUCGACAACCACAUGGACGCCAAGCGCACGCUCCGGGAGAUCAAGCUGCUCAAGCACCUCGACCACGAGAACAUCAUUGGCAUCAGGGACGUGAUCCCGCCGCCGAUCCCGCAGGCGUUCAACGACGUGUACAUCGGCACGGAGCUCAUGGACACGGACCUCCACCACAUCAUCCGCUCCAACCAGGAGCUCUCGGAGGAGCACUGCCAGUACUUCCUGUACCAGAUCCUGCGCGGGCUCAAGUACAUCCACUCGGCGAACGUGAUCCACCGGGACCUCAAGCCCAGCAACCUGCUGCUCAACGCCAAUUGCGACCUCAAGAUCUGCGACUUCGGGCUGGCGCGCCCCUCGUCGGAGAGCGACAUGAUGACGGAGUACGUGGUGACGCGGUGGUACCGCGCGCCCGAGCUGCUGCUCAACUCCACCGACUACUCCGCCGCCAUCGACGUCUGGUCCGUCGGCUGCAUCUUCAUGGAGCUCAUCAACCGCCAGCCCCUCUUCCCCGGCCGCGACCACAUGCACCAGAUGCGCCUCAUCACCGAGGUGAUCGGGACGCCGACGGACGAGGAGCUCGGGUUCAUCCGGAACGAGGACGCGCGCAAGUACAUGCGGCACCUGCCGCAGUUCCCGCGGCGGCCGUUCGCGACCAUGUUCCCGAGGGUGCAACCCGUGGCGCUGGACCUCAUCGAGCGGAUGCUCACCUUCAACCCGCUGCAGAGGAUCACAGUUGAAGAGGCGCUGGACCACCCGUACCUGGAGCGACUACACGACAUCGCUGACGAGCCCAUCUGCACGGAGCCCUUCUCGUUCGACUUCGAGCAGCAGGCUCUGACCGAGGACCAAAUGAAGCAGCUGAUCUUCAACGAGGCCAUCGAGAUGAACCCGAAUUUCCGAUAUUAGAUUGAAUCUCCAGAUGUAGGGUUCCCAUCUGCUUAUGCAUGUCGUUUGUAAAUAGGCGUAAGAUUGAAGAGGCGGCUAGACUGAACAUUGCAUUUGUUUGUUUGUUGAGAUGUUCGAGCCCACCAUCCUAUCAGUGUAAGGCUGUGUAAGCUGUUGCUGCUGAUUCCAGGCGUUGUUGUAAUCGACUAUACCAAGAAUAAAAGGUUUGGAGCGUGAUUUUCGAGCAUUUCGAACCUCAA